CCUCAGAGAGAAGCAACAGGGACGCGGGGCGCACGGGACGGGAUGAGGUGAACCACAGCGAGCGAAGAUGUGAAGAAAGUGGAAGUUGUGAUCCAGAAAACUGCUUUUUCCUUAUUAAACCGUCAGGACAACAUGGCGAACUCAAGUUCUCCGCUUGCGGCUCUGUCUGUGACCUCCGCUCAGGCGCACCGCGCUGAGAUUCUGGAAAACCCGCUCCGGACCUAUCUCCUGGGAAUCAUAAUCUCCAUAUGUGGGAACGUCCUCAUCAGCGUUUCACUCAACAUACAGAAAUAUGCCCACGUCCGUCAGGCUCAGCGUGGCUCCAAGCCCUACUACACCUCCGUGAUGUGGUGGUGCGGCGUGGUUCUCAUGGGUGUCGGGGAGCUGGGGAACUUUGCUGCCUACGGCUUCGCCCCGGCAUCGCUCAUAGCUCCUCUGGGCUGUGUGUCAGUCAUAGCCAGCGCUGUCAUAUCUGUGGUUUUCCUCAAGGAGACGGUGCGUGCCUCUGACAUUGUUGGUGGCACCCUGGCAAUAACGGGAACGUAUCUCCUGGUGACCUUUGCCCCCCACACUUCCACACACAUCACGGCCCAUCUGGUGCAGUACUAUGCCAUCAGCUGGCACUUCCUGCUAUACCUUUUUAUAGAGGUCAUCGUCUUCUGCAUCCUGCUCUAUCUGUACAAGAGGAGGAAUGUGAAGCACAUCGUCAUUGUGAUGCUGCUGGUGGCCCUGCUCGCCUCUCUGACAGUCAUCUCAGUCAAAGCUGUGUCAGGGAUGAUCACAGAGUCAAUAAAAGGCCAGCUGCAGCUCAUCUACCCCAUAUUCUACGUGAUGCUCGUGGUCAUGGUCGCCUCCUGUGCCUUCCAGAUCAAAUUUCUCAAUCAGGCAAUGAAAAUGUUUGAUGCCACAGAGGUGGUUCCUAUCAACUUUGUGUUUUUCACUGCGAGUGCUAUUGUUGCAGGGAUAGUGUUUUACCAGGAGUUUGAAGGCUUGGCUUUACUGAACAUUUUUAUGUUUCUUUUUGGCUGUCUUCUGUCUUUCCUUGGAGUUUUCCUGAUUGCCCGAAACAGACCAAAAAUAAAGCAACAAGAUCGCAAUUUUAUCGCAAUGGACAGGAUCCCUGGGAGAAGGCACACAGACAAAGUGCAGCCUGAGGCAAAGACUCCGACAUACGGAUCGCUGGCAGCCAAACUCAUGUGCAACAGAGCUGGCCAAACAGACGAUUCAUAGGACCUGCUCCAUCUGUUGGGACUGUAAUUUUGUGGGUUUAUGUGUGCAUGCUUCUUCCUGGGUACUUCAGAAAUAUCUCUAUUUAUAGAAAUGAAUGGUAGGCAUCGAUUCAACUAGUGCCGUCUGAGCGGCAGUAUUGGUGGCCAUAUUGGUCUUUUUAUGGCAAACAAAUUGCAAGUAUCUCUUUCAGUACCAUAGAAGAAUCUCAGUGUUUCUAUGACUUAGCAGUAUUUCCAUCAGGGUUGUCAGGAAUAACUGAAGAGGAAGUAUUUACUCUGAAUAGGAUAAAACACCUCAGGAUCACAGUGCAACACAAAAUACCCGACUAGCAACAAAGUUUAAUUAAAAAAAAAAAAAGGUCCAGGAGGCCAC